GGGCGAAGGGAAGGCCACCUUGGAGAAGUGAGGACUACAACGCCCGGCGUCCUUCGGGUUGAGGCGGGCUUGCCCGUCCUUCGCCCGGCUGAUACUAUGUGCGGAAUGGAGAGGAAGGCCGAUUCCAGGGCUGAUGGUGGAUAAGCAAGAGGCUCAGAGCGCUGAAAUAUUUGGAGGGUGGCGGGAAGGUCUUGGAGCCCCCUUUUCCUCGCAUGCUAGCAGAAUUCCGGGACUGGGCACAAUUUCCUGAGGCAACAAGAUGGCUGUACGAAAUGUGCUGGUGACUGGCUGCUCCUCUGGCAUUGGGCUGGCCCUGGCAGUGCGUCUGGCAAGAGAUGAGAUGAAGCGAUUUCGAGUUUUUGCCACCAUGAGAAAUUUGGAGAAAAGUGAAGCCCUGAAGAAGCAAGCAGGGCCAGCACUGGGGAAGAUGCUUGAAAUCAAAGAACUGGAUGUGACCAGUGAGGACUCCAUCCGACGCUGCGUGGACAGCAUCCCCCAACGCAGGGUGGAUCUGCUGGUGAACAAUGCAGGAUUUGGCAUUAUUGGUCCAGUGGAAAGCCAGAGCAUGGCCUCAAUCCAACGCCUCUUCGACACCAACUUCUUUGGCUUGGUGCGCCUUAUACAGGAAAUAUUCCCUGACAUGAAGCGGCAAAAGAGGGGGCAGAUUGUUGUGAUGAGCAGCGUCCUAGGGUUACAAGGUCUCCUCUUCAAUGACGUCUACUCUGCCUCCAAAUUUGCUGUGGAGGGUUUCUGCGAGAGCUUGGCCCUGCAGGCCCUAAAAUUUGGGAUCAAAAUCAGUUUGAUUGAACCAGGACCAGUGAUAUCAGAGUUUGAGAGGAAGCUCUAUGAAGAGGCAGCGAGCAUGGAUCUCUCUGGCGUAGAUAAAGAGACACUGGAUAUUUUCCACAACUUCUAUCUAUCAUAUUCCAAGGAGGUCUUUGCUGCACUGGGACAGUCUCCAGAAGAGGUGGCUGAGCAUGUUAUGAAAGUGAUCACUUCUGAGAACCCUCCAUUGCGAUACCAGACCAAUAGCUUCUACACACCCAUCACCACUCUCAAACAAGCUGACCCCAGUGGGAACCUGCCUCUCAACACCUUCCACCAGAUGAUCUUCCAACAUGACCGGCUCUUCAAAGCCAGCCUCAGCCUCCUCAAAAUGCUCCAGUGGAGGAAGAGGCGAGAUAUGGACCAUAUCAAGUCCCCAUGAAAAGAAGAUGCUACCUAUCUCAGAGCCUCUUAUUCCCUAGCAGGCUUCUGACAAGAGUCCUUCCAUUAGCUACAGGAUCACAUUUACAACCUACAUGCAGAGUGUUUUCCUGUAGUGCAAAAUGAGGUGGCCCUGGCCUGGGACAGUAUAUUUUGGGGGUCUAAUGUUGCCUACUUAGAGCAAUAAGGAGCUAGAAUGAGAUUACAUUUUGAUCUGCAGGUUGCAAAGAGUGUCAUAUUUUUAAUGUUUCUUAUGUAACAUCUUUGCAUAAUACAUUUCUCAAUAAGCUAUGAUACCUGAAUCAACAAUGUAACCUUGCAUCUGCAGUCCAAACUGGUGCGAUCCAAAAUAGAUCCCAUCGAUCUAGUACAGUACAGCAUUUUCCAUUCUUGGCAACUUCUAGAUGUGUGGACUUCAGUUCCCAGAAUUCUCAACAAUGGUUAUCCUGGCUGUGGAAUUCUUUAAGUUGAACAUACUUAGCUUGGGAAAUAUAGGGCUAGCACCUCAUUCUGUAUAUUAUAUACAAUGCCUUUCUGAUUUGUUGUUUUUUUCCUAAAAAAAUGUACUGGAAGUCUGGGCUCCUACCUAAAUGCAUUCCCUACUGGACAUGUCUUUCCAGUUCUUGACUAUGUUAGGCCAUCUCUGAGGUUAGUUUUGAGAAUGAAAGAUACUUAAAACAAUUCUUAAGGCUAAAAAAAGAGAUUGAGCAUACAUUUUCAAGUUUUUUUUUCUGGAAAAAAGAAAAGAAAUUGACUAGAGGAACCAAUUACUGUAAACAAGGGAUUAAGAAAAAUAUAAAAGGGCACAAAGCAAAGGAAAAGAAGAUUAGGGGGAAAUAUGGAAACAAAAAUGUCAUUAACGGAGACUGCUUGUAUUCAGGUUUUCAUUGAGAAAAACUUCACUAGUUUUCUUUUCUGUGUCUUUCUCAGAUAAAACUCCCAGCUCCUAAGCCCUUUUUAUUUGGGGUGGAAGACUUGUAAUCAGAGUUGGAUCGGUUAGUUAAUCUGCAUUAUUGUCAUCCAAAAGUAUGUACAUGAUACAGGUGAGGAGAAUCUUUUUUAUAUUGCAGAUCCAAAAGGACUUGCAUUGUAUGGGCAUUGACAGGUUUUGAGGCCUGAUGUAAUCCUAUGCAUCUUUAUUCAGAAGUAAGUCUUAUUCAGUUCAGUGGACUUCCUUCCUGGUAAGUGUCUAUUGGGUUGCUCCCUCACCUUUCACCAUUCAAUAAUCUGUGAAAUAAAAACUUACAUAUAGGAAA